CCCAUCGCUGGCCGAGGGAGAGCAACUCCGGAGCAGCACGCGUGGCAGAGGAGAGCCGGGCUCGGAGUGCCGGGGUGGCGCAGUGCCGGGGACCUCGCGCCCCGGGCCCCCAGCUCCCCGAUGAAGGUGGCAUAUCUGAGAGGCUGCGUCCAUCCCACAUUCCACCUUGGCAGAGUAAGGACCUGGCUCUUCCCGGCCGCCAUCCUGCCCUCCCUCAGCUUCCAGACUCAGAGACGUGCAGCAGAUGGGUUCGGACCAAGACGUGGGAUGGUACACAGAAUGGACAUGAUGUAGGCUGCCAAGACAAGACAGACCAGGAGGGACAAGGCUAGAAUGAUAAGCACAACCGAAGGAAGGAAUCCUGAGAAAGUCGACACCAUAGCAAGAAAAUUCUCCAGGAAAGAGACAUUUCCAAAUGCUGGCUACCAACGUGUCUGUAAGACAUUGUCUCUGGACGCACUGUGACAGCUGGUCUUGGUCGGCCACUUGACUGAAUUGAGGAGGUUGUCUGAACUGGGAAAAUGGACACAGGUGUGUCUGUGGGAGCAUCUCCAGAAAAGACCGUCAUGCAGGGUCAUGACACACCUUCAGAGUGGACAACACCUUCCCAUUGGGCCUCCCGAAUACAGGGUGCCAGACCUGAAAGACUCCGGAAAAGGCACUGCAGGCAGAAUAGUGACCUAAAGAAGCAGUGUGGAGAAUGACUCGCAUGUCCUGCAUUUCCACUGAGGCCUCUGUUCUCACGGUUUUGCAGAAUGAAGACAUUCAGAUGUUGCUGUAAAUACACACUCCAGCAGAAGAUCUUCGUCCUCUUCUUAACGCUGUGGCUGCUCUCCUUGUUAAAGCUUCUAAAUGUGGACCGGCUCCUCUUCCCUCAAAGAGACAUUUACUUAGUUGAAUAUUCCCUAAGUACCUCCCCUUUUGUGAGAAACAGGUUCCCACCUAUCAAGGAUGAAGUCAGGUAUGAAGUUAACUGCUCAGGGAUCUAUGAACAGGAGCCUUUGGAAAUCGGCAAGAGCCUGGAAAUCAGAAGGCAGAACAUCAUCGACUUGGAGGACGGCGAUGUUGUGGCCAUGACAAGUGACUGUGAUAUUUAUCAGACCCUGAGACGGUACCAUGAAAAACUCGUUUCGAGAGAGGAGGAGAGCUUCCCAAUAGCCUACUCACUGGUCGUCCACAAAGACGCAAUUAUGGUUGAAAGGCUAAUUCAUGCAAUUUACAACCAGCACAAUCUUUACUGUAUCCAUUAUGACCUUAAGGCACCGAACGAGUUCAAAGUUGCCAUGAACAACUUAGCGAAGUGCUUCUCCAAUAUUUUCAUCGCUUCCAAAUUGGAAGCUGUGGAGUACGCCCACAUUUCCAGGCUCCAGGCUGAUUUGAAUUGCCUUUCAGACCUUCUCAAGUCUUCAGUUCAGUGGAAAUACGUCAUCAACCUAUGCGGGCAAGACUUUCCCCUGAAGUCAAAUUUCGAAUUAGUGUCAGAGCUGAAGAAACUCCAAGGGCAGAAUAUGUUAGAGACAGUGAAACCUCCUACUGGUAAAAUGGAAAGGUUUACUUAUCAUCACGAGCUCAGACCAGUGCCUUAUGAAUAUAUGAAGCUUCCGGUGAGGACAAACAUCUCCAAGGAGGCGCCUCCUCAUAACAUUGAGGUGUUUGUAGGCAGUGCCUAUUUUGUUUUAAGUCAAGCAUUUGUUAAAUAUAUUUUCAACAGCUCCCUCGUUGAAGACUUUUUUGCUUGGUCUAAAGAUACAUACUCUCCUGAUGAGCACUUUUGGGCUACCUUAACCCGGAUACCAGGAAUACCUGGAGAAAUUUCCAGAUCAGCCCAGGAUGUAUCCGACCUACAAAGUAAGACCCGUCUGGUCAAAUGGAAUUACUAUGAAGGCUAUUUUUACCCCAAUUGCACUGGAUCACACCUUCGAAGUGUGUGUAUCUACGGCGCUGCAGAAUUACGGUGGCUUAUAAAGGAAGGACAUUGGUUUGCUAAUAAAUUUGAUUCUAAAGUGGACCCUGUCUUGGUUAAAUGUCUAGCAGAAAAGCUUGAAGAACAACAGAGAAAGUCGAUCACUUUGUCUUCAGAAAAGUUCAUUACAGAUAGAAAUCCCAGUCACACGUUAUCAUAAGACCACCAUGGAACUGGGAGUAUCUGAUACAAAGAGUUAAGUAAGAUGGAAUUGUGGAUCCAGGUCUUGCCCAACACCAUCUGAACUUAAAUACUUUUCCAAGGUUGAACCUUCUAUAAAGUUCCAUGCAUGGACUUUGAGUCUGCAUGGACUUUGGUUUUUAAAUGCUGGUUUUGCUUGUCGUCUUACUAAGUCAGAGAUCUUAAAUGUUUAGUGAUAUCACAUUUAUUGAGCACCUAACGGUGCACCAGGCACUUUAUCAAAAGACACGCAGCAAUUAACUCUAAGUUGUAAUGAAGUAUGCCCUCAGGAAGCAGUGUUUACCCUCCUGAUGUUCAACUGUGGUGUUUUCGUGUGUCCAAUGUCACAGGGAACGUGCUACUGAAGAUGACUUUGGGGUAUGUGCUCAUCACAGGCCUCUAGUCCCUGAAAGGGUGUGAGGAUGAAGCCAGCACCCUACCUGUUUCUUAGUCUGGCAACCGAGAUGCUUUUGAACUGUUAGACUCUUAGGAUUCCACUACCUCAGAGAAACUCCAAGAACUGUCUGGUCUCCUGCUUGCCAAAGUAUAACUUACCUUUUGGGGCCUCACCUUUUGAUUCAGGGCGGAGGGAAGGCUGUUGGUGUGAGGAUUGUCUGGGAAGGCAGAUGGGCGGCCGGUAGGUGGGUUGGGACAAGUAGUGCCUGAGGAGGCACAAGGGGCUUCUUGAUUCAUCUGCAUUUGCUACACAAUGGUGUCAUGAACGGCUUCCUUUUUAAUUCACUUGUUCCUGAAAACACACGCACUGAUGAAAAUAUAAAACUGAGUACUAGUUCAGAAUGUCGCACAGCAGAAUCCCAGGCCUAAGCCUCUCGUUUUAUAUGUGAGCAUUAUGGAUGAGACUGUGUCCUUGCGACAGUGGGACACUUGUGAUGAGGUUGAUAGUUCUGUUUUAUGUUGUUUUGGUGAUGGUGGUGGUUUUUGGUUUUUGGUUUUGCUGGGGGUGUUUUGGUUUUUGGAUUUGGGUUUUUUGAGAUAGGGUUUCUCUGUGAAACAGCCUUGGCUGUCCUGGAACUCACUCUGUGACCAGGCUGGCCUCGAACUCACAGAGGCACCUGCCUUUGCCUCCCGAGUGCUGGGACUAAAGGCGUGCACCACCACCACCCGGCUGUUUUGUGUAACUAAGCCAGGGAGUUUCCUUAAGAACACUUUGUGAAAUAUGACAGAGCUUUCUCACUUGGCUCUUGUGAUCACUUAUACAGUUUUCUUUUUCAGCAAAAUGGAAUCCAAAUUCAAUUCAAAAUGGUAAACACUCCAAGUUAGUGUAGCAUUUUUUUUAACCAACCAAGCACCAAAGGGAGUAUUGUUUUCUUUAUUUUACAAAUUCUCACACUUAAGAGAAUCAUUUCACACACACACACACACACACACACACACACACACACACACACAUACACACACAUGGGUGGGUUGGGGGUGGGGGGAGGCUGACAGACUGACGGACUGUAUUGUGUGUUGUGUUUCUGAGGCAAAGCCCUGAAAUCAGGCUGCGACAUUUCACUAGUCUCUGGGGAAAGUGGGACACAUGGAAGCAUUCCUUAUGUUUUGAUGUCAGCCCCAGUAACUACUUAAAUAUGUAAUAAUCAAGGCCGAAAUAAGACCGUUGGAAAGACUGAAGUGCUUCACUGUGUUUUUAAGUUUCUGUGCUCUGCAUGUGAGCACAGAUGCAGUGUGCUUGGCCUGUGUAACCGUUUAUGACACUAACUACCCCAGGACACCAUUUUUGCUUCAUUCCUUUAUCUUUUUUCCUUUUUGGUUUGGUUUUUCAAGACAUAGUUUCUCUGUGUAGCCCUAGCUGUCCUGGAACUCUUCCUGUAGACGAGACUAGCCUUGAACUCACAGAGAUCUGUCUAACUCUGCCUCCUGAGUGCUGGGGUCAAAGGUGUGCACCACCACCACUUGGCUUCAUUUCUUUUUUUUUUUUUAUCUUAAACUCACUUUCCACCUCUUUUGAUACCCUUUAAAUUAUUAUAUUCCCCAGAAAACACUUGUUACCAAACCUCUACCACUAAAGAUAAGUUUCAGAGGAACUGGAAAGUGUCUCAGCAAUUAAGAACACUUGCUGAAGGGCUGGAGAGAUGGCUCAGUGGUUAAGAGCACUGACUGUUCUUCCAGAGGUCCUGAGUUCAGUUCCCAGCAACCACAAGGUGCUCACAACCAUCU